AUGUCUUCUUCUCAACCAUAUCGAUUCAUUCCAACAGAAGAUAGGGUUAGCUCCAUUCCAGAUUCAAUUCUCUCUUUUCUCCCAACCAAAGACUCGGUCGCCACAAGCGUCCUCUCGAAGCAGUGGAAUCCAUUAUGGCUUUUAGUUCUCGAUCUUAACUUCGACAGUCAAACCUUCAAAGACUACAUCACCUUUAGCCAUGUCGUAUACUUGGUCAUUGUAUCACGAGAAAUCACGCUGCCAAUACGAUCACUUUGCCUCAAAUUUGGCAAAGAAUACAGCAUCAACGAUAUCAACAGAUUUAUUAAUGCAGCAAUACAAAGAGGAAUUGAAAACCUAGACAUUGACAUGUUGGAGGAUGUUAAUGGAUUAACCAGUAGCAUUUUUAGUUGCAAGACACUCACUGUUCUCAAAUUGUUGAAAAACCUGUUUGUGAAAGAUGACAAUUACCAAGUAGAUCUUCCUUUACUCAAAGUUCUCUGUAUAGAUAUUAUGAGGUUCAGUUAUCAAGCAACUAUUACCAAGUUUUUCUUAGGUUGUCCCGUUAUAGAGGAAUUGCGAACAAAGAUUGCUGCGUUUUAUUUGAGGAAGCUUAAUCCAGAAACACCCAACUUGAUGAGAACAAGUAUUCCAAGUCAAUAUAUUUCUCUCUACUUUCUUUCUAGGGUAGAGAUUUUGCGUCUAAAUAUGGCAUGA